AUGGUGGGCAUGUGGUCUCACAUCAUGGAGUUACGACGUACGUUGUUUCCGCGAUUAACAAGUCGAACAUUGUUGGCUCACUAUGUUCCAAUGGCUGGGGCUCUGAGUCAUUCACUUUAUUCUAUGCAUAUUCUGUCGCCAAAUUUAAUUUCAAGAUAUUUUGGAGUACAUGAUUUGGCUGCGGAAUUUUCAGUUCUCUGUACAGCGACGCUUGGACCUGGUUUUGCGAUUUAUUUUCGGCCACAUAUGAGUCGUUUAAAUCGUUGGAAACGUGUUGAAUACAGCGUAUUUGCAGCUGUAAUUUUCACAUAUGGAUCUCUUUUUGCAGUUAUUUUUGUAAAGGAUAUGCUACCCACCACGUUAGUAUUGUUCUCGUCACAUUUGUAA